AUGGCUCCACGGAAAACUAAGAAAGCCGCAAAGACCAAGCGAACUCCGUCUCAAGUCAAGCGCAACACAAGAAGCCAUCAAACGCGCACAUCACCACAAGAAUCUCCUUCACAAAACAUAUAUAUCAAACAAGAAGAAAGCGAUGAAACCCUCUUAACAACCCCCGGCCACACCACUCAUGCCCACCUUACACCCACUCACAAAUCCUCUUCCACCACCUACAAAAUCAAAAAAUCCACCUCCUACCCCAAAACGCCCCUCAACGCCGUCCAAUCCAUUGCUAUGACACGAUGCCGAAACUCAAUUCGGCGCGCGGAAUUCAGAGAAUACGUUAGGUUAGGCAUUACACCGUUAGAAGGCAAGGGAAGCGGAAUUGUACAAGGGGGUCAGGGUAUGACCAAUCCUCUCGUCGAUGAAGGAGGCGAAGAAGAAAUACCGAUAAUACAGGAAAACAGUAGAAACGAGCUGGAAAACUAG